GGGGAUGGCGCAGGAGGCGGCGGAGCUGCUGUCGGCGGCGCGGGCCGAGCUGGCGGCGCGGCGGCUCUCGGCGGCCGAGGAGCUCUACAGCCGCUUCAUCGCCCUGAGCGCCGCGGGCGCCCGCCGCGACCUCGCCACGGCCCUCAACGACCGCGGGCAGGUGCGGUACCUGCGCGUGGAGUUCGCCGCCGCCCUGCAGGAUUACACGGCCGCCAUCGAGUGCCAGCCCGGCUUCGAGGUGCCCUACUACAACCGGGGGCUGGUGCGCUACCGGCUGGGAGACUUUGAUGAGGCCAUGCAAGAUUUCAGGAAAGUAUUAGAGUUAAACCCCCAGUUUGAAGAUGCUGCAUUGAGCCUAAAACAGGCUAUUCUUGAUAAAGAAGAAAAACAGAAGCGGGGGUAUUGAAAAUAGAGCUAGUGGUGUGAAAAUGUUUUGCUAAACAUGUGAUUUUUGUCAUUGAUGGAUGAAACACAAGAUCGUUUACAUCUGUUAUGACCUACUGAAGAAACCUCAUUCUUGGGUAAAUAAGGUAAAAAUGGAUAUAAUUGCAAAAUAAACUGUGUUUGGGUAGUGUUGAGGAUAAGUAUAAUGUUGGAUCUCUGAAGCACGAGUACAGAUUUUGUACAGAAAUACCUUGUAAAGAUGUUGGAAGCUCAGUAGCAGCAAAUGAAGCCUUGUAGUUCUCUUACUAAAACUCCUUUAUUCAUUCACAGAUUGUUUUAAAUAGUCUUUCAUAGGGAGGAAAAAUCAAACUGCACGAAACAUUUAAAUACUUAUGAUUGGAGCUUGUAAGAAAUGCAAUAAUGAUAGUGUUUGUCCACAUAGAAAUGUUAAUUUUAUUUAAGCCUAAAGUGCAAUUGUUCUUUGUAAGAUGUUGUCCUUGAGAUUCUCUAUGGUAUCUGAAUUUCUUCUUCAUUUCAGAGUGUUUUUGUUAAGAAACAUAUAACAGAAAUAAUGAGAUCUUUUAGGUGACACCAUCUGUACCUUGAUCAAGGAAUGUGGUGGGAGAAUUCAGUCCUUUGUUCAUUCGUUCACUCCUGGACUUAGUUUUACAUUACCUAAAACAGGUAGGAACAGAGCACACCUAUUUUUUGUAAUCCUAUUGUAAAAGUUUUGGCCAGAUUAAUAAUUGAGAGAAUAAAAAUGAACAUGUAUUUUUUAUCUUAUGACUGUCUGCAAAGAGCUUAUCCUAGAAAAUAUUCACAGGAAGAAUUGUGGCUUUCUCAUUCUUAUUGAAGAGAUCAGUUACCUGAAAAAUGCAGUGUUAAAUCAGUCUGAUGAAACUGGCUGUCAAUACCCAGGCUACCUCAUUUCUCACAUGAUAGGAGGGACCAUUACUGAAAUCAUCAGCAAGAAACACUCUUGCAUGUUCAUAGCAAUACAAGUUCUAAUAAAAGAAAUACUCUCUUGAUUGCUCACAUGAGCGUUAGGAUUUUUUUUUAAAUAAAAUUAUGCCAGUGACAUUUCUGCUUCUUGUGGUUAAUUCCUCUGUGGAUGAUCCCGAGCCUGCACAGGCACAGGGAUCACUGAAGAUGGUGGGACCGUCUAGGUGAGUCAGUCUGGAGCCUGUGGACGUCCUUCACAGCAGCCUCAUCGAGAUCACUUUCAGCUUUGGAAUGACACUGCAACAGCUACAAUGAGAAAAUUUGAAACACAGGGAUGAGAAAAAUGCUACAUUUACCUCUCAUGCUCCUGACAAUUGACUGCAGCAAUUUGAAGUGAAAUAAAUACAACACAUGACAGCAGGAUGUGACCAUUUACAGUUUGGAAAGUAGGCAGUGGCCAUUCCCCCCCUCCUCCCCAAAGUCUUAAUUUUGGACUUUUCUGAAUAUAUUAAGCACAUGCCUUGCUACCAUGUAUCUUAGAGCUUUGUCUCCAAAAAAACGGAUAAUUUACUGACUUGGUACACUUCUUGCCACCUCAGUCUUAACAAGUGAGAAUUCAUAGCAACUCUUGGUUGAUGGUGAAUGGAGGAACUGGAACUAAACAUGUUCUUGACUGACCAUUCCAAGAAAAUUAGAAUAGUUGAAUAUGACCUAUGAAGCUUUACUGUGAGAGAUCACAGAUGUGGUUCUGCACAGAACUGUUUAAAUGACAGGAUACAGAUAAAAAUCAAAACAGUGAAUAAGUAUUUUAGAAAACAAAGAUGGUAGAGAUAAUAUUCCAGCUCGUGGUGUUUUGUGAAUAUUUCUUAAUUACUUCUUGUGCAAUCAUUGGCACAGAAAUAUUUCACUGGACUGGGAGCAAUUCUAUCUUACAGUAUUUCCUUGUCUCUCUUGUGAAAGGACAGACUGUCAUCGUGCAUUUCAGCAUAAUUUGGAAUUCUUUCAAAGUAGUUUUGGCCUGUAGGGUUUUCACAUUUUCCCCUUUCAUAUGCACACGAGUCACUUAGUUCUCUGGCUUUAUAUCACAAAACUAGUUUGGGUUUUCAGCCUAAAAUUAUUAAAUAGUAGUAUGUGGUUUUCUUUCACUCAGGCCUGUUGAAAGGGUAUUAACCAUCAUUACUCAUAUUAAAAAAACCUAAAACUUGAAGAGAAGAAUGUAUAUAGUAACUCCCCUCGUCCUGCAAAGUGUCAUGUCUGUAAAAGUUUAAGAUUUACAAAUGUAGUGGAGAGUAAUAAAAUUCUUUCUAUGCAA